AAGCACCUGGAAAACGCUUUGCAAGCUCGUCAGAAGGAGAUGGAGAACUUCUUGCAGAGAAAGCGUGCAACACAGGAAGAUAUCUGUGGCCUGACGAAGGUGUCUGGGGAGCUGAACUUCAAGAUCCGGGCAGAGUUUGCUCGGCUUCAUCAGAUCCUGGAGGAAGAGGAGAGAGCUGUGCUGGCAGAGCUGGGCAAAAAGGAGGAGCAGUCACUGGCACGGCUGCAUGGGGAUGUCAGCCGGCUGGAGGAGGGGAUAUCAGUGCUGCGGGAGGACAUCGAGCGCAUCGAGCAGACCCUGAGCAACAUUGAAGAAGCGUCAUUACUGGAGGUGGAGAGCCUGGAUAUCAGACCAUCGGUUCGUGCUGACACCCAGCCUGCCUUUGACCUGGAGCACUACCGGGACAGCCGCAGUGGCCCCUUGCAGUACAUCUUCUGGAGACAGAUGCUGCAGUUCAUCCGCCCUGCUCCUGCCCCACUCACCUUCGACCUUGAGUCAGCCCAUCCCAACCUGGUCUUCUCCAGGGACCUGACAGCAGUGACAGAGAGGGAUCAAGCCCAGCCCGUCCCCAUCAGCCCCCGGCGCUUCCGUCAGUGCGUCAACGUCCUGGGCGCACAGACCUUCGACAGCGGCCGGCACUACUGGGAGGUCUGGGUGGGCAGCAAAACCAAGUGGGACCUGGGGGUGGCUGCUGAGGCUGUGGACCGGGCAGCAAAGGUCAAGCUGUGCCCAGAGAAUGGCUACUGGACUCUUCGCCUGCGGAACAGGACUGAGUAUUGGGCCACCGCUACCCCCUGGGUGCGCCUGACUCCCCACCAGCCCCUCCGGAAAGUGGGGGUCUUCCUGGACUGCCAGGAGGGCACUGUCACCUUCUUUGAUGCCAGGGACAUGUCCCACCUCUUCACCUUCCACCAGGUCUCUGCAGAGAGAUACUGCCCCUUCUUCAGCACUUGUUUCAGCGAUGGGAGGGCCAACGUAGAGCCCAUGCGCCUCUGCCACCUGGCCCUGUAA